AUGGCCAAAAUUAGUAAUUUGAAAGAACACGGCGGUCUUUGUUCACUGUCUGGAUUUGAUACAUGCAUCAGCUUUCUUUGUGGCCUUUGUAUUGGAUACAAUACAUUGUUUCGCUGCAAGUGGCUAACAUAUAUUCCGCGCAACAUCAGAACCGGAGGGUAUGAGGCCCAGAGAGAACAUCGCGGUUUGGAUCAUUGCUUUGUCACUGGCAGGGACGGAACAACAUCCAAGCGAUAUCCUCCUCUAAAGCUCAAGGUAAUCACCCUACUUAGUCUUGCAGGCAAGACUUUGAAGCAUUGCAUCAAGAUGGCAGUCAGUUCUAUCAUCCUGACGCCUUCGGUAGCUGUUACUACAGAAUUACUGACGAGUGUAGUCACCCGCAAGCCCAAGCCAACUGCGCCGUCGACUGUUGAUCCAGUCACACUCGUGGUAACAGCGACGAGAUCCCGCUAUACCACAUCUUCUACAACCGCAGCACACUCAUCGACCAGGCUCUCAUCGACCAAACGGUCUUCAUACUUCAAGAUCACGUCAUCAACAAGACUCCCUGUCCCGAGAAGUACACUUUCAUCCAGAAGCAUAUCGUCGAGAACAACGCGGCAUAACUCUACACCGAGCACUUCCACCACCAUAGCAUCUUCAUCGAAAGAUAGCACAACUUUGCACACAGCUGUAUUAUCUACUACUAGCAGUUCACCAACACCCAGCAUCAGCAGUACACCAGCAGUCUCAAAAUCUGGCCCUCCGCUAGAUCGCACAGCCGUCACCGCAGGCAUCACAUCCAUCGUGGUGGUCAUUCUGCUGAUCACCGCAGGUACAAUCCUAUACAAAUUCCGUUUGAGGCUGAAACUCAAAUUUACCAGGAACAAGACGGAACACCAUGUGAGGGAUGUAGAGGAUCAGCCGAGCACGCAUACGAAUGUUGUCGAGAAAAAGCAUGACGAUGAUGUCGAGCUAAAGCCGAUUUCUGCUAGUUCGUCGAAAGCAGAGAGCGAUGAGAAGCUGCCGGUCGAGCAUGUUCGUCCUCUCGAGAAGCGCCGUUCUUCAUCGGUCUACUCCACGGACUCGUUAAGUAGUGACUGCUCGGAGUAUGCGGGCAUCUGGUCUCGUCAGAUCGAAGCAAUAGAUGUUGCUGGCUUCGACAUCAUUAAAUGGCAUGGACCGGUGUGUGAAAUUUCACGUCGUUCAUUCUGUACAUGA